AUGAGUUCUUAUGCAUACUUGUUUAAAUUUAUUAUAAUCGGAGAUUCAAGUGUUGGAAAAUCGUGCUUGCUUUUGCAGUUUUUGGAUAGAAAGUUUAAAUUGGAUCAUGAUACAACAAUAGGAGUUGAGUUCGGAAGCAAGACUUUGAAUAUUAGAUAAAAGAACAUAAAGCUCUAAAUUUGGGAUACUGCUGGAUAAGAAAGUUUUAAAUCAAUUACUAGAUCAUAUUAUAGAGGAUCGAUUUGUGCAUUGAUUGUGUAUGAUGUGACAAGCAGAGAUAGUUUUGAGAAUAUCACUAGAUGGAUGGAAGAGACAAAAAGCUAUGCAAAUGAUAAAAUUACAUUAGUGUUAGUUGCUAACAAGACAGAUUUAUCAGACAAAAGAGUGAUUUCGGCUGAGGAAGGAUAAACAUUUGCCAAGAAGCACGACUUGAUUUUCGUUGAGGCCUCUGCAAAAACAGGAUUUCAAGUUGACAAAAUCUUUUAAGAAGCAGCUGAAGCUGUACUAAAAAAAAUAGAAUAGAGAGACAUUGAUGCGACAAAUGAGUCUAUUGGUGUAAGGAUAGGGUCGCAGAUGACAGAAGAAAUGGUGGAAAAGCAAAAAGAGUAAUAAAAACCAAAAUGCUGCUGAAAUUAUUAUAAUUUAACUUUAACAUAUAAGUUUUUAAUUUCUAAUUUAAUUCCAUCAAAAUAUUCUCAGAUUUUCUUUCUUACAAAGAAUC